AUGGAUUUUAUGAAUUUAGCAAAGAAAGGCAUGGAUGCCUACCAACAAUCUCAAGGCGGUAACGACCACAGCGAACAAAGCAGCAAUGACCACGGCUUAGACUUCAGCUCCAUCCUUGGCAUGGCCAAAACAGAACAUAACGAUGAAGGUAGCCAUUCUAUGAUCGAGAGCGCUAUCAGUAAGCUCAGCAGCAACUCCCACGAGCUCCAGGAUGGUGUCGACGAGGAAGAAACAAAGAACGCACACAACAAAGUCUUCAGCGGUGACAAAGAAAACGCUUCACCUAAGGAACAUGGUAUCGCAUAUGCUUAUGACCUCUAUCAAAAGCAUUUCGCUGGUGGUCAAAAUCAAACAAACGAGAAAGACUCAGAUUUGUUUGGCAAGGUCAUCGCAGAGGCUAGCAAACUCGCUGACAAGAACCUCGGCGGUAAGAGCUCAGACGAUAAGCAAUCCGUCAUCGACAGCGCUACUAUGACAUUCGGUAAGCUCAUGAUUAAGCAAAAACUGUCCGGUGGUAGUUCAGGCGGUUUGUCAUCAUUGGCUGGCCAAUUCUUAAAGUAA